AUGUGUUGUGCUGGAUCUUACUGCUACAUGGCUCCAGAAAUGCUUUCGAAUCAACCGUACGACUUAAAAUCGGACGUAUGGAGUAUGGGUGUUAUUCUUUACGAAUUGGUGACCAAGCAGCUUCCAUUUUCUGCAUCUGAUCUAGCCGAGAUCACAAGAAUGGUAUGCUAUGAAAAACCAAAACCUUUUGAACAGAAUAUUUCAAUCUCAACAAUACGAUUGAUUUCGAAAAUGUUAAGGAAACAAGUGAUCUAUCGUCCGAGAACCGAUCAAUUAUUACUUUGUCCGUACUUAGUUCCAUUCGUCGCUAGAGUUCACUUAAAUCUCGGCAGAAUUCAAAAGUUUUCUUCUCAGGACAAAGAAAAUUUUAAUCUUCGAAUUUUUCAAUAUUUUAUAAAAUCUUAAAGUUAAAUAUAUACUC